UAUACUAUUGCCAACCACAAUUUGCAAACAGUACCCAAAGUUUACGACUUCACACCGACCCUCCACAUAAGGCUCAGAUACUUUAAUCCCUCCUCCACAGCCUCCACUAUACUAUUGCGAACCACAAUUUGCAAACAGUACCCAAAGUUUACGACUUCACAAUCUCUCUCUCUCUCUCUCUCUCUCUCUCUCUCUCUCUCUCUCUCAACUUGCUACUGGAUCGUUUUUUCUCUCCUAUAUAAAACCAUAUACUACUAAGAACACUAUUAAGCCAUAUUGCAUAUAAUUAAAGAUGUCAAGCAGGAGACCGCGAUCACCGCGUUCAAGUACUUCAAGAAUCACAGAAGACCAGAUCAAUAAUCUGCUCUCCACGCUGCAACAUUUGCUCCCCACGUCUCUUGUGGGAAACACGAAUAGAGUGUCAGCGGCUAGGUUACUACAUGACAUAUGCAACUACAUCAGAAGCUUGCAUGAGGAGGCAGAUCAUUUAAGCGAGAGGCUCGCAGAGUUACUCGCGGCGACCGACGCAAGCAGUGCUCAAGCAGAUAUUGUUAGGAGUCUUCCAAAUUAAUUAUUCCCCCCACCCUCCCUUUAUGUAUCUUCCUUAUUUACUCCUAGUUGGUUCGCAUUAUGUUUGCUACAUGUGUUGCUAAAAAUGGCGUAAUGAGGUAAAGUGUCAUGUUAGCGUAUCUGGAUAUGUAUAUGGUAGUGAAGGAGAUGGUAGUGAAUGAGAGUGUUAAUUUGUCAAUGAGCUAGCUAACUAAUUAAUGCUUGAAAGCUUCGUGGUUUGUUAGCUAUUA